AUGCUCGGUCAAGAACUCUCAGUCAUGGUCAGUCGUGCCGUUUCCAAGCCCAUCGACAUCGCCGGAAGCAUCCGUCGCGAACCGGUAGAUUGUUUCGAAUACACCAACUCCACCACCUCCACAGCACGCCCCGUCGAAGCCAAACAGAAGCCGGUGAUCAGAGUGAGGCCACAGAUCAAAAAGACCGAAACGCCCAAAAGCAAUCCCAUCAGCUUGGCCAUGAACAAGUCCCACAACGAGGUGAACAAAGAAAACGUCUCCUACGCCAACAAAAUGCCUCUGAUUUACAACCUUUACGGUGAGUUUCCUUUGAUUCUGCCGUAUUCGCCAGACUUUUUGCUUAUUACACAUGUUUUGUCUAUAUUCGAACAUCAUCCAUAUUUAAACUGACUUUUUUAAUUUAAAUCUAUAAACUUAACUCAUGCUUAUCCUUUUCAGCCAACCCCUCACCGUCAACUGCCACGCCCAGCCCUUUGAGACUAAAAUACGGUUCGGAAUGUUCUUGCGGCGCCUUUGACUGUUUAGCCGCUGCUAGCCACAACCACUCGGUCUGCUGGGAUGUGGACGAUGAGAACGAGCAAUUGGACUCGUUUACCUCGCUGCCAGCCGGUUUCAGGAGCGUCGGAGACAUUAUCGGGUAUGCAAAUGUGGUCAGAGCACAAAGACAGGAAGCGCUGGGCAAACUGGACAUGGCCCUCCUCAACUUGAACAACAUGAGGCUGACCCGCCAAUCCUCCACCAAGAAAUAA